GUCGCCGGUGCCGCCUUCCCACACUCUCUGGCUCAACUCUCGCCGCGGUGUUUCCGUUUCUCUCCCUGGUCGUCGCCUCCCCGCUCGGCUCCUCUCCUCCUUUCUCGCUCUGCUGCUCUGCGGUGUGGACGAGGCUGAAUCCUCUCCCCACUCGGUUCGCGCCUUCCCGCUCUCUCCUCUCUCCCCUCUCUCGCGCCGCCCCAUUUCUCCGGUUCGGCUGCCGCCGCCACUGCUGCUCAGCUGGUGUCGGUGCCGCGCGUUCCCCCCACGUCGUCCCCGCAGCCUAUGGCCCAGGCCGCCUUGGGUAUUUCUGCUCAAGGUAACCACAUCCCUCUUUAAAAAUUCCGCCGAAAAAGAGAAGACGCUUUACCCGACUCUUUGGGCCGUUAUCUCACGGCGAACUUUCUGACCGAGUAUACAACUACCCAGAAGGCCUAGGAGAAGUGCUGUAUAGAGAGCAGUUCGACUUCAACGCCGAGCCACCUUGGGAACCCAGCUGAUGAUAGGGGGGUUCCAUCUCCUAACUUGUCCAUGGAGGUCCUCACUUCAGAAACCCAAGACUCACACUCAUCCAGCCUGGUGUCCAGUGGGCUGUUGCUGCCAGAGUUAUCUUGUGAUAUAUGAAAGAUGUAUCAGUUUCUUCUGAAGUACAAUCAACCAUAGAAAGAAGCCUUUGUAGCAGACAAGGGUCUCCUAGGCUGGCUUCACUCCUUAUGUGGUUGAGGAAGAACUUGAACUUAGGAUCCUGCGGCUGUCACCUCUCAAAUGCUGGGGCAUGUUACAACUACUGUUUGAGAAGUUACUAAAUGACAUCACUCGAAGCCAGCGGGGUUGGUGCCUAUUCAAAUCAUUUCACCAAGUCACAACCUUUUUGUUGCAUAUUCUAAGGACCCAGACAUAGGCUUGGUGGCCCGUCUCUUGUUUUUCCUGGUUUAUGACUUUCGGCUUUGUGGAAUACGGCUGAGAUGAAAGGAUUUAUUGACGAUGCAAACUACUCCGUUGGCCUGUUGGAUGAAGGAACAAACCUUGGAAAUGUUAUUGAUAACUAUGUUUAUGAACAUACCCUGACAGGAAAAAACGCGUUCUUUGUGGGGGAUCUUGGGAAGAUCGUGAAGAGGCACAGCCAGUGGCGCAGCGUGGUGGCUCAGAUAAAGCCCUUCUACACAGUGAAGUGCAACUCCACCCCAGCGGUGCUGGAGAUCCUGGCGGCUCUCGGAACUGGCUUUGCUUGUUCCAGCAAAAAUGAAAUGGCCCUAGUCCAAGAAUUGGGUGUAUCUCCAGAAAACAUCAUUUACACAAGUCCUUGUAAGCAAGUGUCUCAGAUAAAGUAUGCAGCGAAAGUUGGAAUAAAUAUCAUGACAUGUGAUAAUGAAAUUGAAUUAAAGAAAAUUGCAAGGAAUCACCCAAAUGCCAAGGUCUUACUACACAUUGCAACAGAGGAUAAUAUUGGAGGUGAAGAUGGUAACAUGAAGUUCGGCACUACACUGAAGAACUGUAGGCAUCUUUUGGAAUGUGCCAAGGAACUUGAUGUCCAAAUAAUUGGGGUGAAAUUUCACGUUUCAAGUGCUUGCAAAGAAUAUCAAGUAUAUGUGCAUGCUCUAUCUGAUGCUCGGUGUGUGUUUGACAUGGCUGGAGAAUUUGGCUUUACAAUGAACAUGUUAGACAUCGGUGGAGGCUUCACAGGAACUGAGAUCCAGCUGGAGGAGGUUAAUCAUGUGAUCAGUCCUCUGUUGGAUAUUUACUUCCCCGAAGGAUCUGGCAUUCAGAUAAUUUCAGAACCUGGAAGCUACUAUGUAUCUUCUGCGUUUACACUUGCAGUUAAUAUUAUUGCUAAGAAAGUUGUUGAAAAUAAUAAAUUUUCCUCUGGAGUAGAAAAAGAUGGGAGUGAUGAACCAGCCUUCGUGUACUACAUGAAUGAUGGUGUUUAUGGUUCUUUUGCGAGUAAACUUUCUGAGGACUUAAAUACCAUUCCAGAGGUUCACAAGAAAUACAAGGAAGAUGAGCCUCUGUUUACAAGCAGCCUUUGGGGUCCAUCCUGUGACGAGCUUGAUCAAAUUGUAGAAAGCUGCCUUCUUCCUGAGCUGAAUGUGGGAGAUUGGCUCAUCUUUGAUAACAUGGGAGCAGAUUCUUUCCACGAACCAUCUGCUUUUAAUGAUUUUCAGAGGCCAGCUAUUUAUUACAUGAUGUCAUUCAGUGAUUGGUAUGAGAUGCAAGAUGCUGGAAUUACUUCAGACGCAAUGAUGAAAAACUUCUUCUUUGCACCCUCUUGCAUUCAGCUGAGCCAAGAAGACAGCUUUUCCACUGAAGCUUAAACAGGCAUUAACGCUUCUUUAGAUCUGAAGUCGCAGGUUAAGCUUGUCUGGUCUACAUUCCAGUGUGGGGAAAAAAUUCAAUCAAUCUUUUACUCUGUUAAUUAUCUUGGAAACAAAUUCAUAGUAAUAGCUAUUUGGGGACCAGACAAAAUCAGCUUUCAUCUAUAAUUCAUUGGGGGUAAUGGGGGAUUUAGAUAAUGUAUCAGAUUUAAACAUGCCAGUUUGACCCACCCCUUAAGCGUUUAAAUAAAAUAUGCAACAAAAUGGAUGACUUAGUGGAGAUGGAAGCCCAUUAAUUGGGUUCCCCAUCAAAUCGUUUACAUACAAGUACACAGUUUUUAUAAUAAGGAUUCCUGUUAAAAGUCUUGUAAAGUUGAUGUCUUUCACCCAGAUAUAUCACAUGUGAGUGGAAGACCAGUGUGACUUCAUUAGAUACGUUUAGUGUAUUUAGAAUGUGUAAAUUUGUGCUUUGAACUGUAGUUUAAUAAAUGUAAAAUUGCAUCAUAGUAUUUGUCGUAUUUGACCUAAUGUAACCCUGUAUGAUUGCAAUAAAACUUUGUGUAGAUUUUACUGUUUUUCAGGCUAAAACUUUGGGAAAGGGGCUAGCUAGCAAAGGGAGUUUUGAAGUAGUUGUGUGUAUGGUCUGUUUUGAGGGUUAGUUUUCUUUAUAGCCCAUUUAAGUUUGGUUUGGCUCAAUACACUUUUAGUUAUUUAAUUAGUAAUUUAAGUAAAAGUGUUUGGUAAAUCAUUGUGAAGUUGAGAUUUAUUAUGGAAAGUUGAUGUGCAGUAAGCAUGAUGUUUAACAAUUUUAACACCAAAAAUGUUAAUCUUGCAUAAAGCAAUUGUAAUAAUGGUAGGUGUUUCUGUAUAGAUAGGAUGCAUAGAGUACUUUAGUAAACCUUUGAGUCACAAAUCUUUUGGCCGAUAGAGAAGAAUUUAUUAAACACUGAAAACUUGGUGGGGAGGGGAAGAGACUGCAGAGGACUGCAGAACCCCGACCUUAAAGAAGGGCUAUGUCUACUUCCAGAGUCCCAAGGCCCCUCGCACAGACAUUGACAUGCAGAGGCCUUUGGGGAGGUGAAGCACACUUUCUUCAGUUGCUCAACUUGUAAUGGCAUCCAAUCAGAGGGGUUUCCUUACCGCUUUGAACCUGGUCCUUUAGUUUCCUGUUAAUAUUUCCCUUUUGUUCAGCUUAGUAGUUCUUUUCGUACUAAAGCUUGGUGGUGGGGAGGGAGUCAGCGUCACUAACCUGACACUCUGGCCAGGAAUUUGCUUUGUUCACUGCUAGUGUGUUAAUCCUAGGUCUCAGAAUCACAGUAGGAAUGAGACAACUCACAGGGGUCACUUUUCCUCACUCUGUGUUCACAAGUGGAAUUUCUGUCCCCAAGAGGAAAUGUGACUUCACUUUGGUGCCAAUGGACAGAAAAUUCUACCUGUGCUACAUGGGAGUAGUUUGGGAUGCACUUAAAUCCUGGUUUUUACACCUUGAUUCAAGGUGGAAAGAAAUUGAUCAUGAAUCUCUAAUCUCAAUCUCAAACCAGUAGGUGCUUAAUAUUUUUGAUUUGACUGUUGCCCACUUGAAUAUCAUGGGUUAUAUUAAUUAGAAAAAGAACUAAGAGCCCCAGUCCAUUGUCAUCUAGCUGCCCUUGGACUCUUUUCCAAGGUGUAGUAAGGGGUUUUAGUCAAAAUUCCAAGCUACCAUGUAACUUUGAACUAACGAGGAGGAGGAAUUGUUCCUUACCUCCUCCGUAUUAUGCAUUGUUGUGGUCCAGAAAUGCCAAAACUUUAAAAGGAUGAUACAACUUGAGUCCUUGGCUUGACUGUAUGGGCUUGGGCUUUUGUAGCCUAUCAAUUCUGCCAUCUGCAUAGGAGAGUGGUUGUAUGUAAAACAGCCCAGAGUUGCAAAUCUCACAUGUGAAUGAUAGGUAAACUUAGAGUGUCUGUAUUGUAUUUGAAGACUGUUUGCUAUAAAUCUAAAGGUAACCUAUGUAUUUCAAUUUGGAAUGCUUAAGAAUAAUUAAUGUAAAAUCUUUUUAUAUGAUAUUGUAAUCUCAGUUCAAAACUUAAUUGAAAUUAUAAAACCCAAAUGAUUUCUAUAUAUAGUAAAUUGAACUGUAAAGGUAACUUGUGUGUGAUUCUGAAUACACAGAUAAAAUGUUUUUAUUCCUCAUGCUUUACUUUGAUGGCUUCUAUCAUGAAAUAGACAUGAAAUUUUAUGAA